CAAAUGGCCUUUAUUAUUACCGCAGGCUUGCAAACGAAAAUGAAAAUGCAAUAUUAUUGAAGAAUAAAGUAGUGAGUGGGAGGCAUAAGAAUGGGCUGUGUUUACUUGUGCAGUUUAGUGUUUCACAGACCCUUAGGUGAGAAGAUUAAGUCAUUCGUGUUCAAACGUCGCGUCAUGAACGUCCUAAUCCCACUGGCUUUGUCGGUAUUCUUGCUCAAUCAAAAUAAUGCUUGGUUUAUAAAUCACAAAAAUUCUGGAGGUAUCGAAAAAAGUAAUCUUAAAUCAAUAUGGGAUCUACUAUAUUUUGAUAAAGAAUUAUUGGAACGUAAUAUCCCUAAAGAUAUAUUAAAUAAAAAGAAGGUUAAAAGUUCCGACAUAUUUUCAUCUCUGAUGAAACGAACGCAAACUUCUCUAACUCCAUAUGAAAGUAUUGAUGUUAUGAGUGACUUGAAGCAGUUUUUUGAUAAUAUAAGUGCUAAUGUUAAGCAAAUGAAAGAAAAUCAACAAUCCAAAUACAAUAUUCAACGGAAAUAUGAUACAUCUUACCCCGGAAAUUAUUUUCGAGGACGUAAACCAUCGGAUAAUGUGAGGAAUUUUGUAAGAAACGACGAUGGGGAAUCAUACCGUGGUACAAAUAAUCACGACCCGGGCAUUUUAUGGACUGGACUUGGAAAGAAAAAACGUCGCUAGUAAAUAUACAUGCCAAACUCAAUCAACAGUAUCUAUCAGUUUUCGUCAAUCUUUACUUGCGCCUAUCAUUGAUCCAACAAUGGACUCAGAUCUAUAUAAUUAGCUUACUAUGCAUUAGUUAUGUUUGUUUUUAACCCACAAUUCACUACCUAUUUAAAAUAAAGAUGUCUUCACGAUA